AAUGGUCAAUACAAGAAAUCGGAAGAUAAAGGUAAUAGCUAUUAGCAAACCUUCCUCUACUUCAAGAAAGUCGAAAGCAAAGACCAGUGCUAGAAAAAAGAGCAAGAAACCUAAGAAAAGAGAACAGAAGGCCUCCUGGAAGAAAUCCCAAGACACAAAUUUUCAUGCGAAGAUUGCUGAAGAAAUGCCUUCUUCUGGAGUAACUACUAGAAACAAGAGUAAAUCGCAAGUUAAGGUGGCUCCUUCCGACACUAAUAUCUCCUCAAACCAUGAGACUGCCAAUCAGGAGGAGAUUAAGGACUUUACAGAAUCGCAUGAAAAGUUAUAAUGAUAACCUCUAGUAAAACUUCUAAAAUUUCCCGGAAAACUAGCAAUCGUAAAAAGUGUAAAGUGGAAGAAUCGCAGGCAUCAAAAAUACCAAGCUCUAGAUCUGGUAAGAAAUUGGGGAACCGGAACUUCAAAAGCUCCGCUAAACAAACCGUGAAGCGACAGAAGUGAAAUCAGGAAUCUAAGAAGCCGAAUAAGCCGAAUAAGCUUGCAAAAAAUUCCAAAAAUAGGAAGAUUCCUAAAAAAACAAGAAAAAGGGAGAUUGAGGAUUCUGAUAUGGUCCAAAGGUUUUCUCCAGUAAAAACACGUAGGAAUACCAAAAAGACCACUCAGCCCCCAAGAAGUAAGCAGCCGCACAGAGUUGUGCCCGAGCCUAACCACUCUACAAAGAUUAAGGCAUGAAGAAAAUUGCAGUUUGAUAACUGAACCUCUCAGAGUAAAUCCAAUAUUUCUGAAGAUAGAAGGCACAGCAGAAGGGGAACGAGGUCAAGAGCCUGCUCGAGGAAAAGCAGCCGCCUUCCCUCAGCUCAUAGAGAGAAGAAAUACCAGUCCUUGAAAGGCACUCCAUGAAAAUCAACCAGAAAAGCUAAGCGAGGGAAUAGAGUACAAAAAUAACUCACGCCUGUCUUCAAUUGGCGAAUCGGAAAUAAGCGGAGGAAAUGAUUUUGACAUUGAAAUUUCUGAAGCAGAGAUGGGUCUAAGUAUGGUGGAUAGCCAGAAGCAUAAUCUGAUUUAAUAUUUCUGAGAAUGAGAUUAGAGACGUGAUGUCGGAUAAAUCUGAAUUUGAAAAAUAUUGGAAGCAAAUUAAAAGAGAUAACCAUAAUGGUUACAUCAAGCUAGAAUCACUGGUCAGUGAGAGUCUACUUUUAUCCAACAAAAUCUCUCAAAGUGAGAACAGUCUGAGACGGAGAAGUAAUGUGCAAUCAGAAAUACAUCCAAAGUCCGAAGAAAUCCAAGAGCAUAAUAAAAGAGAUAUAAAAGAUUCCCAGUAUUCCGAGAUAGAUGAUAUGUCCUCCAGUCAAUGUAAUAUAGAGGAGCUUCAAUCGCUUGAUGCUGUCCUUAAAGAUCACCCUUCAGUUGGAAGCUCAAAACAAAGGCCAAGAAAAUAUUUCCGAAAUCAGGAGAUGAAGAGUAGUUCAAUUAGAAGCUGGAGAAAAUCAUCAAAUUCAAUCUCAAGUGCUUCCCCUAUUAAACAUAAUAAGAAGGAAUUAGAGAUUGUACAGAGACCGAUAAAGCUAGUCGAGUUAAGUUCAUUAAGAAAUGACAAAAAUUCUUCCAUGAAUGGGCUAAAUUCCUUAAUUGAUGAGCCACACUCAUCCAGGAAUUGAGAGAACCAUGUAAAAGAUGAAAGCAUGAGUAAUUACAGCUAUGACAAUCAGGACUGUCAAGAAAUCGUAGAAGAGCUGAUCAAAAAGACAGGAGUAAAGCAAUCUUCACUGAAAAGGUUAGAGCCUGGUGAAGACAUUGAUGACCUUAUAAUCAACUUCUACAUUGAAUAUCUUUGAUGGUACCAUCAAAACAACAAGAAGUUUACGGAGAAUGUUAGUGUAAUGAAUACCUAUUUUUACUCAACUUUACUGGCCAAGGAUAAGUUCAAUGCUUUUGCAAAUCUGACUAAGAAGCAAAACGAAAAAUUGAGGAAGCCGAUCGUGAUAUUUCCCAUACAUUUUAAAAACGAUAAAUUCAAGCAUUGGGCUGUAGCUUGAAUGGUCAGAGAUGUCGACAUCGGAGAUGGAUACAACCAGGCUCUCCUCUUUUUGGAUUCCUAUGAGCCUGGGCUUAGCAAAGAUGACAAGCAGCAGAUAUUUUUCAAACUAAAAUUCGUAGGUGACCAGAGUAGAAUGGUGUUCAGAGAAGUCAAGGUCCCACAACAGCAAAAUGGAAAUGAUUGAGGCCUUUUCAUGCUAAGGAGUAUCCGGUCGAUCAUUGAAAAGCCAGAAAUUACUAAGAAAGCAGCCUUGGAUCAGAAUAUGACCAAAGAGCUUGAAAAGUGAAAGUUGAGUAGGAAUGACCUUCUCAACCUUAUCACGAUCAAUGGCCCUUUAGAUGACUAA